AUGUUUUGGGUUAUAAAGGCUGUUACUUUGUGUAAAACUCGUCUGUAUGAAAACAAAUACCACACGAUAUUAUCCAACGGUAUCCUUUUUUUUUUUUUAUCCUUUAUCUUUAAAAACUUGUUUCAGCUGUUUGACUGGGGUCAGGCAGGGGCACCGCCUUCGAGGGUUUUAGACGAACGAAUUGACUCGAGGACUUACAAAGACUGAAACAAUAUUGUGACUGUAAUAAAGGAAAUAGCAAGUUUGUGUAAACGGAUCCAAAAUUACACGAGAUUAGGUGAGCAGUUGCUAUUAAGAAACAGUUUAAUACAUACAUACGUACAUAUAUAUAUAUAUAUAUAUAUAUAUAUAUAUAUAUAUAUGUACGAAUAAAAACAAAGUGUAUCUCAAGUUCUUGGCAAUGUUACCAAACUCACUCAUUCGAGAAUUCUGAGAUGGUUAUCAAAGUUCCAGAAUUCCACUAGCAUUUAGCUAAAAUGAAGAGUUACCAACUACUCCAGCUGCUUUUGGUGCUCCAUUGCUAUACACAUGGAUUUAUCUUCACUAAGAUGCCAAUAAAUGUGACAACAGAGAAGAACUCUUAUGUCGUUGGAGAUUCAGUCACUAUAUACUGUAUUUGUACCGACAAAAGUUUGUUACAAGAUAGAAACCUGUACUUUUUUGACUUGAAAAGUGACAAGCAUUUCAUCGACUCCAAUGAGACAAUACUCAAUACAUCUAUUGGUAAAACUGCCAUAAUACUAACACUGACCAAUGUUACUGAAGGGAAUUACGCAGUUGCUUGUCGUUUGACCAAUGAUACUGACCAGCUUCGUCUUGGAACAGUUUCCUUUGAUGUUGGAUAUCCACCAGAGCUGGGUGCCGUUUGGUUUGAAAAUAUGGAUUACUUCCAGUUAGCCAUCUAUGUAAAACCAAAGAAAAUUGAUUUCAACGAUUAUUGGAAAGUGACAUGGACAUUCCGAGAUCCUGAAAGAAGAAGAAUCUUCGAAGACAGCUGUCCAUGUUUGAAGCACAGCUGCCAAUGCUCAAAUCCUUUCUAUUGUAUUGUUAACGAGAAUUGCUACCUCAGAAACAGCCAAUAUCAAUUUUCUGUUGUUGGUAUUAACUUCUACGGACAGUAUAACAAAACAUAUUUUGUCAAAUCAGAUUUAACAUCAGUAAAACUUCAAUCCUUAAUCAAAAAAGAAGUCACAGCCACUGAUUCAUCUUUAACAUUUUCUUGGACGUGGUUCCUUCAGAAUCUAUUAUCACCCUAUAUUAUUCCAAUAUGUAACCUUUCAUAUAAAUCAGAAUGGAAUAAUCAAGUAACAGAAUUAAAUACUACACUUGAUAAAAUAUCCUUGGCCAAGUUAAUGCCAACUACCUUGUAUACCAUUACUCUUAAGUGUAAAUUGUCUGAGAGUCCUUACUGGAGUGACCCAGUAACUGUCCAGAACCGAACAUUGGCCAUAACUCCUGAUAUGACACUCCCUACGUUAAAUGGCAGCUACCUGGACUGGAAAUGUUUAGAUGGUGCACGCCGUUGCUUAACAGUUUUCUGGAAGCAAAUUCCUGAAUACUUCCCCAUAGAACUGAUUCAGUAUAUACAGGUCCAGGUAACUGGUACCAAUUCCAACACAUCUUAUACCAUGAAAUUGGCACCAAGCGCCGUUUCAGCAGACUUGACUUCACUCAGUAAAUAUGACUAUUAUCAUGUGAAAAUCUCCGUAGUCUUCAGAAAUGGUAAACAAUCUGCAAUGGCUUAUCAGCAUAUUCCGGAACUAAAGAUGUCAAAUGAUAAACCAGAUUUUAUUACUGUGGAGACACACAAUAAUGAAUAUUGGAUCAGAUGGAUGCCGGCGCGACCUGGAGUUUCUAAGAAUAUCAUCUGGUGUGUUAGUGAGAUACCAUUGGACAUGGUAUCGUGUAAGAAUAUUUCAUGGGUAACAACUAACGACAGCAUGUUCCACAUGUACCUCUAUAAUAAAUUUCAAAAUUCCUUAUCGGUAGCCGUGUCCUACAAUGGAAUUAAAGGUAGCAGUGGUCUCACUCAGAGUGAAUGUUUGGUGAACACAGGUAAAGUUGCCAAGCGUGGAGGUAUGCCCAAGUUAGAAAGCCCACUAAUAUUUUCUGCUAACCUGGAAGGUGAUGUUGGUCUUCAUGUUGUUCUACCUGAGGUAAAAUGUAACAAUUUACUUGGUUUACCUGCAUACUUCCAAGUUGAUUACAGUCCUGGACGCUACUGUACUAAAGGCAACAGGAAGAACAUAUCAAGGGACGGAUUAAAGCCCAGUGUUAAAAGUGUAGUACUUGAUAAUCUGUUAUCCGACACGGAUUAUGCUAUAUGCUUCAGUAUCGUGACCUCAGAAUACCAGACAGUCAGGAGUGACCCAUUUAUUGUGAGGACCGAAAAAGAUGUGUUUUUACCCAGAGUUGAAGGUCUGACAGCAGUAAAAGUGACUAACUCCAAAAUUAUGUUGAUAUGGAAACAUACAGACACAGAUAACAUCAUAACUCACUACCAAAUCAGUGUUAAGAGUGCGAAAAGCUCAACAGAACAAGUGAUGUUGGUUUCUGUCAUGAACAUGCCAAUUCAAUUCAAAAUAUUCGACUCUCUGAUGAAGUCUGUCAGUUAUGACUUCACUGUGGUUCCCUGUAACAUGAUUGGUUGUAAUGGAAAGAAGGCCCAUACCAAUUACACACUGCAUCCAAACGAAUCUAACUUGGAGCUUUUCCUCACCAUACUCACGGACCAGCAACUUUUGGUGAAUUGGACACACAACUUCCAGAGCAACCACAGUUUCUUUUAUCAUGUAGCCAUCGAAGGAAAAUAUUCAUACAUCGUAAAUGCCACUCAACAGUUUUUGCUUGAUGUCCCAUGUUCACUGGACAACGAUCAAAAUGUUGUCUUACAAGUUUCCAUUCAACUUGUUGUGGAGACUGGAAUCUUUCUUCCAGAAGUACGGAAAAAUGUUACCAUGUGUUCAAAUAGAGGAUUGAAAACUUUUAAAUUAUCAGAUGAAAAUGUGGCAUCUAGUUCAGGAGAUAGAUAGACAGACAGACAGAUAAACUGAUUUGUAUACCUAUGUUGUAGAUUGGGUUUAUUUUAUGAUAUACUAAUAUUUUUUAUAGUUCAAUUUUGAGAGAUAACUUUGCCUUUUCUUGUUCUACUAUUUUUGAUAGCAGAAAUACACUGUGGGCUAAUUGAAAUUAAGUCUUUGAAUUUCUACAGUUAUAAUAACUUAAUUUUGUCAUUUUAUACUUCUAACCAUCAAAAUUAUGUAUAUAAAAAAAAAUGAAAUUUAAUUUAAAUUUUGACCUGCAUUAUUUUUGCAAAAGCUUAAGAUAAUA